AUGAUACGCGCUGAGCGAUAUAAAGCGCCCGAUGUGCGUGAGACGACGCGGAGAUUGUUCAUGAAUGAGCCGGUGGCUUUGGAUUUGUACAAGUCGAAGGCAGAGAAACUUGCUCUACUCGACGCGGCUAUUGAAAUGAUUGAUGGGAAUGUGAUCCUAGCUGUUGUGUUUUUUAUUCAACGAACUGUUUCCGAGUCAAUCUUUCGAGAGAUUUUACUGCAAAAACCGAAAGCCGCUGAGCAGUACAUUCAGUAUUUGAAAGAUGCAAAGAAUGUGGACGAGUUGAUGACAACGAUGUGUGCAUUGGGAAGGACCACUGAAGCGGCAAUGGUUGAGUUCAAUGUUGCUAUGGAGGCAAAAACAGUCACUCAGAAAGUGAUCCUCCUGAAGAAAGCCUUGGGGUCAACGUUCUUGGAUCCAAAUCUUCAAAUGGAAAGAGAACAAGUGAGGAGGUAUUUGGAUUUAGUCGAAAGACAAACACAAAUCGAGGUCACUGACUCUCAGGACAAGUCGAAGUUGUUCACCGAUUACCCGAAAAACGCGUCUCUGAUUGGACAACCGGCGAUCCAUACUUUGUACUACUCUUGUCUGUACCAUCACGAUGAUCCAACCACUGCACAGGCAUCACCACAAGCAAUCAAAGAUCUUUGCCAUUUGAAUGAUAAACAAUUGACAUGGAUGUCGAUUCAAACACUUGUGAAACAAAAUCGAUGGCUUGACAUUGAAAAGGCGCUGUGCCCGCGCAGUUUGAUUCCAAAUCUCGGCAAAACGAGCGGGUAUUUGAAGGCGAACGUUGUGCCGAUGGUUCAUCUCUUGAGGCUUCUACAUCUUGACAAGGCUCAACCGCCAAAAGAUCUCGUUUGUCGUUUGUUGCGAACUCUUCCCAAUAUGAAUGACAAGUUACGAUUCGCGGAAAAGUAUAUGGCCACAGAGGUCGUCAUUGAGUGCACACAGCAGCAAAAGGAUCGCACACGUUUAGAGGCGUAUCUGAAGAAGUUGACGCCUCAUUCUUCGGAUCAUUAUAAAACCCUGGCUGCUCUUAAUAAUUCCAAUGCUAAAUGGAAA